UCUCCACUCUCCAAUGGAACACUGCACUACACACCUCAGUCCUAAAGUCACUAACACUGUAACCACAGUCUAAGAAUACUGUCGGCAGAGACAAACAACUUCCUCUAUUUCUUGCUUUUUUCUUUUUCUUGUUUACACACUAACCUCGGUUUCUCCGCUUAGUCGGAAACUGAGGAUUUGAGGUGGUUAUAAUUGUAGUACUGACCCACAUUUCACUUAGUUACAUUAUGGAAACUCACUGCCCAAAUUUUAGUUUCACUAGUUUUUACUCUGUGGUUGCUGGGGUUGUGUUUUUUUGGGCAGUCAUUGCUUCUGCUGGCCCUCUCCGACGUGUUGAGGACACACAUUGGUACCCUGCUACUGCCACUUGGUACGGCAGCCCCGAAGGCGACGGCAGUACCGGUGGGGCAUGUGGGUACGGGAAUAUGGUGGAUGUGAGGCCGUUCAGGGCAAGAGUAGGAGCAGUGAGUCCAAUUUUGUUUAAAAAUGGUGAAGGAUGUGGGGCCUGCUAUAAAGUUAAGUGUUUGGACCGUUCCGUUUGUUCAAGAAGAGCUGCGACGGUGAUUAUUACAGAUGAAUGUCCCGGUGGGUACUGCUCCGGCGGCAGAGUUCACUUUGACCUUAGUGGCGCCGCCUUUGGUCACAUGGCUGUUUCUGGUUACGGCGGUAGCCUCCGUGACCGUGGUGUUAUCUCCGUCAUUUACCGCCGAACUCCAUGUAAGUACCCUGGAAAGAACAUAGCCUUCCAUGUAAAUGAAGGCUCAACACCUUACUGGCUUUCUCUUCUUGUGGAAUUUGAGGAUGGAGAUGGUGAUGUUGGAUCCAUGCAUAUUAGAGAGGCGAAGUCGAAUGUAUGGUUAGAGAUGACACAUAUAUGGGGAGCAAAUUGGUGCAUAAUUGGAGGACCAUUGCAAGGACCUUUUUCAGUGAAGUUAACAACACUCUCAACUGGCAAAGCCCUCUCAGCAAGAGAUGUUAUUCCAGGCAAUUGGUCUCCUAAAGCUACUUACACCUCUCGCCUUAACUUCUUCUAAUUGGCUCCCAAUUUACUGAAGAAUUAAUAUACCAAUGCCUCUCUCAAGUAGUAGCUUUUUAUGUCUUUUUUUUAAAAGGAAAAGUAGCCGUUCGGAUCAGCAUAAAAAAGUAUCCAAGGCUCUUUCCUUCUUCUUUUUCCUACUUUUGUUGUUGUGUGUAACUGCUAGUAGCCCUCUCCAAAGGAGAGUGAGCGCUUUACCUUGUGUUUCUUCUUUUGUUUGGGUGUAAUAAGUGUGUGGUGCUAUGUUAAUUUGUUGGGCUGUAGGUUAAGUUUAGUGGGGUCCUAUUCUGUGAGUUUUAACUGAGGAUAGGACCAAAUGAAUGCACAUGUAAUGUAAUGUUGCUUGAUAUGGAAACAUGAAUGAAUGAUGUGGGGACCUUCUGCCCUUUGGGUAGUUUGGUUCUGUUUCCUACUAUA